GUAGGAGGAGGGCAAGGGGGGUUGUUGGAUCCGGAGGGGGACGUGAAGGCGGCUUUGGAGCGGGUCAAGGCACGUACGGCAGUGGAGGUUGGCGCCCCCACCGUCCCCGACGUGCGCUGGGAGGAUGUGGGCGGGUUGGAGGGCGCCAAGCGGGUCAUCCGCGACACCGUGGAGCUGCCGCUCCGCCGGCCGCACCUGUUCGCUGCAGGGCUGCGGAGGAGGAGCGGCGUGCUGCUGUACGGGCCGCCGGGCAGCGGCAAGACGCUUCUUGCCAAGGCGGUGGCCACCCAGUGCGGGGCGACCUUCAUGAGCGUCAAGGGGCCGGAGCUGAUCAACAUGUACAUCGGGGAGAGCGAGAGACAGGUACGCGAGGUGUUUGCUCGCGCCCGCCGAGCCGCCCCGUGUGUUGUGUUUUUUGACGAGCUGGACUCGCUGGCGCCCGCGCGGGGGGCGGCGGGGGACUCGGGCGGGGUGAUGGACCGUGUGGUGUCGCAGCUGCUGGCGGAGAUAGACGGACUCAGCGGCGGAGGUGGCGGAGGUGGCAACAGUGCGGGACCGCCCCCGCAGGUGUUCAUCAUGGGAGCCACCAACCGCCCCGACCUGCUGGAUGCCUCGCUACUGCGGCCGGGGCGGCUGGACGUGCUGGUGUAUGUGGGCAUUGCAGAGGACGCGGGGUCCAAGGUCAAGGUGCUGCAGGCACUCACCCGCAAGUUCUCCCUGUCCCCCGAUGUGGACCUGCCCUCCCUGGCCGCCGCCU